CCAUAUAUCGAAGGAGAUUCAUUUACAUCUCACCUGUCGCAGACCAUGUCAGUGUAGUAAUGAAAACUGUCCACAUGGUGGGACACCAUACUGUACCUACCAACUUGUAGCUAGCAGGCAGCCAGCCAACUACAGUAUCAAAACAAAUCCCUCACCUCUACUACCAAGUUGGAGUGAGCCAGGUGGCAAGGGUGUGCGGAGAGAAAAAUCGAUUGACUGAGGUUUGGUUGAAGAAAAUUAUUAGGUCCCUGGUGAAAGGUACGGAUAAACACGACAGGUGGAUGGAUUUCUCAGUGAAGCACCUACUCCUUACUCCAGUGUGAUAUGACAUCACUGAGUGGUUACCACAGAAACCAGGGCUCCACUGCAGAAGGUUGACAGCCAGUCAAGUGUUUUUCCACAGGGAUGGCUGCACAAGUGGAGGUGCAGACUGGGGAAGUGGAAAGGAUUGGUGUAGGGGGACGACUGCAUCUCAGCCCUCUGUCUGACUCCAGCAACAAGAGCCUCACGGAGGGUCCCUCCAACACCCAGGCCUCCCUCAUCAUCACUCCAGAGCCUAGUAAGCCUGUCCCUACACCCAAACCACGGCUCACUCCCAAACCUUUCGCUGUGGAGAAAAACCCCACCAUCCGGCCCAUACUUGCGCCUAAGCCGAAUACCAACCCCCGACCAGUGCCCACUCGCCCUACUUCUUACAAACCUGACUUACCCAGCACCCCAAAACUUCAGCAGCCGAAUGUCACCAGCAAACACAGGCCAGGGCCGACCAACCCCAGCUGUCCUGCUCCUAACUCCUACAAACCCUCUCAUAAGUUGAGCAUGGGACAAACCACGAAGCCUGUAGCCCAGCCCUUCAAACCUGCCCCUCUUCUAACCCCUGGGGACCCCAGCAAACCAACUCCCUCCCAACCGGUGCAACGUCAGAAGCCAGCUGCGGCAGGCUUGUUCCACUCACGGGGCCCUAAGAAACCGCCUCCAGCAGAAUGGUCCGGAUCCACCAAACCGGAGAAGGAAAGGAACAGAACAGCAUCCAGUAUCAGAGCUGGGGCAGCCUCUAUGACCAGAGCCAAGUCUAUGGGCUUCCUCAGUCAGAUAGGGCAAGAUGAGGAGGAAAGGAAGGGGGAUGAAGGGCCCAAGGUCACAGUUCAACUCCGAUCCCAGUCUAGAGCCUCCAGGCCCAGACCUGUGUCGGCCAUCUUCCUGCCCUCUCCCACUCAGGCUGAGUCGCCCACCCCAGCUACUCGCUGGGCAGUGAGACGUCCCCUCUCAGCCAACCUCACCUCCAAGUUUGAGUCCAUUGGCCUGUCGCUGCACCACGGCCGACCUGCCAAGACCGACAGCAAGGAAAACACUCCAGGGGAACCGCUACGGAGGACAGAGAAGAAGAAGGGAGCAGAGGGGACCAAUGUUACACAACCGGCCCCAGACAGCAAGCCCUCAGCCCUUGUAGGAGGGAGAGAGAAGAAAACAGAGGAAGAAGAGGAGGAGGAUGAUGAGGGAAAGGGUGGAGGCAGCAUUAAGAGACGGAUCAGUCUCUUGCUUGAUUCCUCCUCUUCUUCCUCUCCUGUGGUUCCUCUCCGUGUUGCUGCCCAAAGACCAGGGUCUAACGCUCCAGUACAGCCCAUCCAAGAGGCAGAUGUAACAUUGGAUGGUGUUAAACAGCGAACCAGGAAGCUUACUGAAGAUACUGUUUCACCACCAGCCCAGACCCCUGCUGUUAAACCACAGUUCAAGUCCCACCCUCUGCCCCCUGACCUGACCAAAAGGCUUGGCUCUGAGAGGUCCACAGAUCUCGGCAGUCCCUCCCCCAAUGAGGCGACAGACCGCCAUGAGAGUGACACUGAUCCUCAAAGGAGGGUGGAGGACUCCGUUUACACCUUCAGUGACCAAAAAAAGGUGGAUGACGACAUCAGAGGCAUACAAGAGCAGCCCACCCAGACCACCUCUGACCCUUCAGCAGUACUGACUGAAGCAGGGCGAUGGAUGGAGAGCUGCCCCAGCAGUGGGGCACAGACGGUGCGAGCAGCCCUGUUUGAGAAUGUGGUGGAGAGACACAGCGUGCUGGUGAUGGAGGAGGAUAGGGCACAGAGUGCCACAAAGGGCUGUCCCAAGAGAAGUGUGUCCCUCAAACUUGGGGAUGGGGAGAACGACGGCAGCCUGGUCACCGCCACCUACCGCAAGCCUGUGUCUCCCUCCAGUCCACUUCUUGUAGAGCACUUGUUUGACACUGUGCAGGCGGUGGGAGAGAGGAGAGCCGUUAGUGAGAGUGUCCCUUUGGCUCAGCUCGAGGACAAAGCCAUGACCCUCCGUUCCAGGCGUUCUGAGGGGAAUCGGUCAGCCAGGGCUGAGCCAGUGGAGGAGAGGCAUGCUCAGGUCCAAGGAGUCCUCAGUUUGGCUCAAAGGAGAGCACCAGCCUCCCAACAGGAACAGGGACCACACUACCUGAGGGUUGGAGUUCUGCAGAAGUGGAAUACCACUGAGAUGGGUAGGGAGGCAGAGGUAGAGAAAGGAAGACAAAGGGAAAAGGAGAGGGAGAGAAAGGAGGAUGAGAAAGAGAGGCAGAGGGAAGCGGAGAGGAGGAUGCAAAUGGAUGUAGACAGGGAGAAGCCGAGAGAACAGGAGAGGGAGAGAGAGGAAGUGGCAGCACCGAAGCGGUUGAAAAUGCUGGAGGCAGAUGAGCAGCCACCCAAGCCCAGGGCCACCUACUUUGCUCUGACUGGUCAGAUCCAGGAAGCUGUAUCCAUUGGGGACGCGGAAACCGAGAGAGGGAACGUGGAAGUUCCCUUUGACAAUUUCUCUAUGAAGUCUGGACAAUGGGGCUCUCAAGGGAAGGUCUUACAAGUACGAAGGAACCCCUCUCUAGAUGAAGCUUUUGGAAAAAGCUCCCAAGGUCAACAACAAGAAGAACUGAUGGAGCGGAAUCAAACACAGGAAAGGGAGAGAGGAACGGCAUGGGACAGACAGACAUGGAGGGAGGAGCUGGGAAUAGAAAAACAAAACCAAGUAGACCUUGAGAAAGUAAAAGAGUUGGAGAGGGAGAAAGAAUGGCAGAGGGAGAGCAAGGAGUUUGAGAGGGAAAAACGGACACAGCUGGACAUGGAGAGACAGAAACCGUUAGAAUAUGCAAGAAAGAGAGAGAAGGAAAAGCUAAAAGAAUUAGAAAGAGAGAGACACAAUGAGUUGGAGAACGAGAGACUGAGUGAGAGACAAAGAGAGCUGGAAAGACAGCGAUGGCACAAGCUGCAGAGGGAGAGACAGAUCGAGUUGGAGAGACAGAAAGAGUUUGAAAAGGAGAGGCAGAGACAGUUAGACUUAGAGAGACAGAAAGAGUUUGAAAAGGAGAGGCAGAGACAGUUAGACUUAGAGAGACAGAAAGAGUUUGAAAAGGAGAGGCAGAGACAGUUAGACUUAGAGAGACAGAAAGAGUUUGAAAAGGAGAGGCAGAGACAGUUAGACUUAGAGAGACAGAAGAAGUUGGAGAGAAUUAAGGAGAUGGAGAGAAAGCAAAUGUUUGAGUUUGAAAAACAGAAGCAGAAUGAGAGAGAGAGGCAACAGCUUCUGGAGCUUGAAACGCAGAGACUAAGAGAGAAAAUGGAGAGAGAGGAGCAGGAGAAGAUGAGACAGCAAGCCAUACAACAGGAGGAAGACAGACAGAGAGAGUUGGAAAGGGAAAGAGUGCAAGAGUUGGAGAGAGAGAGGCAACGCGAUCUGGAAAGACAAAAACAGAGAGAGUUGGAGAGAGAGGGGCAACGCGAUCUGGAAAGACAAAAACAGAGAGAGUUGGAGAGAGAGAGACAACACGAUCUGGAAAGACAAAAACAGAGAGAGUUGGAGAGAGAGAGGCAACGCGAUCUGGAAAGACAAAAACAGAGAGAGUUGGAGAGAGAGAGGCAACGCGAUUUGGAAAGACAAAAACAGAGAGAGUUGGAGAGAGAGAGGCAACGCGAUCUGGAAAGACAAAAACAGAGUGAGUUGGAGAGGCAGAGACAGAAACAGUUGGACUUUGAGAGACAGGAAUUGGAAAACCAGAGGGAUAGAAAAAGGGAGUUAGAGACAGAGAGACAGAAGGUAGAAGAACUGGAGAGAAUAAAGGAGAUGGAGAGAAGACAACUGUUUGAGUUUGAAAGACAGAAGCAGAAUGAGAGAGAGAGACAACUGCUUCAUGAUCUUGGAAAGCAGAGACUAAGGGAAAAGAUGGAGAGAGAUGAGCAGGAGAAGAUGAGACAGGUAACCAUACAAGAGGAGGCAGAUAGACAGAGAAUAAUGGAAGGGCAGAGGAGAGAGAACCAGGAGAGGGGGGUGCUGGACUCUUUACCUCUCAGACCUAAAAUGUUGGAUCUAGACUCUGGGUGCUGGUCUUUGGGUGACCUGCACUCCAGAGGCAGUCCCCACUCCCCUAGUGUCCGAUGGAAGCAGCCCUCUCCCUGGGCAGAUGACCACUACAGACCUGGUAUCCUGGACAUAGACUCAUUCAGGUCCCAGACCGAGACACAACCCUUGCCCACUAGAGAGGUGUUCCCUGUUACUGGCAUCCAGGGCUCAGACCCAGGUAAUGGGGCGAGAUCCCACCCCCACUCUCCAGAAAGGGUGGGGCGACCCAGUGCUGUGUGGGCCCCCUCUCAGCAGGAGCUGUGGGAGCAGAGGCUAAGCAUCGACGAGGAAUCAGUGGAUAGGCCCAUGGCUGGACCAGAGCCACCCAGGAAGCCUGCCAAUAAACCCAGCCUGGAGCAGCUCCUCCACGGGCUGGAGGACAGGGCCACGGCCCCCAUCCUGGUCCCAGAGAGACGCUGGUCUGGUAUGCCCAGUGAACCAUCCUUCCCCAGGAGAGAGACCCACAGCCCUGGGUCCCCCAUGGAGCAGACCUGGUUCCCCCAGGACUCAGAGCCCCAGAGGCACAGGGUAGAGGCCAGAGGACAGAGGAGAUCUCAGGGCUCCCAGGAGCUGAACCGGAUGAGGUCUCGCAGCGUGUCCCGUAGAUCAGCCCCGUCUGACAGUGCUGUGGAGGGGAGCCUGUCCAGGAUGAGGAGCAGGAGUACACAUAGAGAGAGAGGUGGACAGAGCUGGGAGCAGUUGAAGCAGAAUGUGGACGGUGAGGAGGGGAGGGGCAUGGACACACUGGUCCAUGAGACGGACAGUCAGUACGGGACCUGGGAGACAGGACUGCACACUGAUGAUAGCCUGACUCCUGCCACGCCCACCUCAGACAGCUACCCCAGUCAGUCUCCUAGGAAACCCACUCCACUUUACACGCCAGGGGAACAUGUCCACACCCCGCCCAGUGACCUCGACACUCCAGACGGCUUCUCUGCCCAGCCCGAGAUACAACCACUCCCCUUCCCUGAGGCCUCCACCAGCCUACUGGACUCCAGUGCUCUGCGCUCCAGGGUGCAGUUGAGUAAGAUGCGGGGGCCACGUUCACGCCCCUCCAGGGUCUCUCGUCAGACUGCUGCUCUGUCUGUACACCCAGAGGGACAGGCCACGCCUACUGAGGACUGGCGCUCUCGAGACUCUACAGACGACAAAGUGGAGUCUUCCAAGAAGGACUCAGACUCUGAGGAGCAGGCGAGAGGAGCAGACCCCCACUCUGCUGCUGCCUCCUCCCAGCCCCAGAGAGUCGCCCUCUUCCCUGGGAUGGACCCGUCUGCCCUCAUGGCCCAGCUCAAGAAGAGAAGCGACUCUGACAAUCAGACAGAGGGACCCUCCACUUCUCCCUCCCAGUUAUCCCGUUCUCCUAAAUCCCCCUUCCUUCCCCGGGCGUCCCGUGUGCUGCCCCCCUCCGGAGGGAAAGAAAAUGGUGAAGCGGCCUCACCACAGUGGCUGAGAGAGCUGAAGUCCAAGAAGCGCUUGAGUCAGUAUGAAAAUGACAGCUAAGUGUGAAUGAUCAAGUUGCCUUAACUGAAGAAUCUGGUGGAGAAUCGGACAGUAGCCUUAACCUGAGACCCUGAGAAAAUGGGAAUUCUGCUGCUGACAUUGUAAUUCGUCAUCUGUUUGUUUCUUUUCUCUGUUCUCUUCCUGCCUGGCUCAAAUCCAUGUGCAUGGUGCCUUCUUACAGACAACCUCGGUCUUAUGGAUGAAACGAGCAAGGGGCUGCUCUGCUCAGAGCGUCCAGUUCACUGCUUGCUCCUCCACCUCCUAUGUCAGGGGGGUCUUUGCAUAAAGCCACUUUACCCUCUCACAUGACAGGGGAGACUACGGAAGGGGGGGGGGGAUCCCAUUCUCUCCUGUCAGGUUGUGUUGUAUUUCAUUAUUGGUUAACUUGUGGGACCACAUGCCUCUUAACCUGGAAGUGCUUCAAUAAGCUGGAGGACAGUAUAGCACCUCCACAAGACAUCUUUUUAUUUUGUUUUCUCUUUUUAAAUAUCAUUUUCAGGUUAGUCUAUGUGUUAACUGUAUCUGUCAGUGGAGGAGCGUUGGAAAAUAUUUCAGAUUUUAUUUUUUGUCAUGGAUCAUAGAGAACAAAACACUGCUGAACUAAUGGGCAGCCAGGGUGUAUUAUGUGUUACUAAUAAAUAUGGUAUCUGUAAUCAUGAAAUGUUAUAUUUGUAUUGUUGCUCAUUUGAAAGCUGAAUCAUAACAUGUCAAGAGUGCUGGGUUUGUAUGGAGAGCAUUUAAAGCAUCACUACAGCAGAGGCCCCCAACCCCAUUCCUCUGAGCCACUCAGUGACUGAUGUCAUGAACUAACUGAGAAUCUGUUGUGUUGACAUCAUGCAGUCCCUUUAAACUUAUGGCUAAAGAGGAAUGCUUUGUGUUCGCUUUUUUUUCAAUCAUGUCUGAAUCUGUUUCUACUGGUGGAAAAGGGGAGGGGAAGGGUUAAUCACAAUGGAAAUCUACCUCCAUCUCAAUUACAUGCGCGCACACACACACACACGCACGCAUGAACACUAAUCAGCCUGUUCUUCCUCCCUUCACCUCCACUUACCUCUUCAGUGAAAGAUCAAAUGAUUGUGUGUGUAAUACUGAUGGAUGAGUGAGUAAGGAUUGCAAGGAAAAUGUACAUGUUACCAAUGAGCCAUACAUUCAAUGUGCACUUCCUGGUUUCUGUUUUACCAGCAUGUCUGCAACACAUCUCCCAUUUAGCGACCUCACGUGCAUUGUCCCAUCAUUGUUUGGAAAAGGAUGUGCAUGCACAGUCUCUGGUCCUUUUCAUCAUGCUUUACUCAGACACUUAACUGAAUGGCCACACCAAGUAGCAGUGGUACGAUCACAGUCUGGAUAUCAUGGCUUCAUCCACAACUGUAAUGGUCCCAUUGUGCACAUGGUCGGUGCAGCGGUGUGGAUGUAUAGUGGAAUGGUAGGAGUACGGCUUCCACUACCCCAGUGGUGAAUGCAAGUGAAGUAUAUUGUUUUGAGAUGAGGGUGGUAAUUUACCCUUUUCUUCUGCAUGUGACUUGGACUAUUUGCACCAGUUGUUUUAGGGCUUGUUUGAGCUGACUUAGGCCAUUCCCCUGACCAUGUUAGCCAUGCUCCACUGUCCCACUACUUCCACUACAGCACUGACCGCAUUCCACAUUUUUGUAGACAGACGUUGGAACGCUAAUGCAAGUGAAUGUUUUGAGGGAAUUUUUAGAGUUGUCCCUUUGGUGUCUGUCCAUGGCGUUUGACUUUGUCAUUAUUUUUUCUCUUUCUCGUUUUAUUUGAAAGUAAAAUGUAUAUUGCACUGUUGUAAGGCCGUUGUUCAAAAGUGUAAAUUCUUAAUAAAAUGUACUGCGUUAAGCUUC